GGGACUGGCAGCUCCUCCUCUGACAGAGCUGCCAGAAGCAGCCCUGCUUCUCCCAUCCCUGCCUGUGAAUAGACUUUCAAACCAGCUUUAGAGAAAAGUCUUUGCAGAUCAGUCCAAGGAACUGGAUAUACUUCAAGAGGAACAUGGCAAGUAUCUGAAAGCAGCUCUGGCUGAACUGGAAGGGCUCUAAUACACAGAAGAACAAGUUUAGCCCAGCACGGAUCCUCUGCCCUACACAAAGGAUGGCAGAUCUUACCAUCCUGCUCCUCCGUGCCUGCCUGGCACUGCUUGCCAUGCCCAUCUACCUCCUCUCCUUCGUGGGCAUAUGGAAGCCUUUCUGCAAGAAGGUAUUUAUUCCUUACGUCUUAGGGCAUAUUUCAGAUAUCCACCUGAAAAAAUCAAAGAAGCAGAGGCAGGAAUUAUUCCAGACCCUCCCUGACUUCAGGAGAGGCUCAGGAGAGCUGAGACUGCUGGAGAUCGGCACGGGCUGCGGUGUUAACUUUGAGUUCUACCCACCAGGCUGCAAAGUCACCUGCACUGACAUCAACCCCAACUUCCAGCAAUUUCUUUCAAAAAACAUGGCCAAGAACCAACACCUCCACUUCGAACAAUUCCUGGUAGCCUCAGGAGAUGAUCUGCACCAAGUGCCCAGUGGUUCUGUGGACGCCGUCAUCUGCACCCUCGUCCUCUGCUCUGUGAACAACAUCAGUGGCACCCUGGAGGAGGUGCUGAGAGUGCUGAGACCAGGAGGAGCUUUCUACUUCUUGGAGCACGUGGCUGCGGAUCCUUCCAGCUGGAAGUACUUUUGGCAGCAGAUCUGCCACCCGACUUGGAAACUCAUCUUUGAUGGAUGCUGCCUGACGAGAGAGCUGUGGAAAAACCUCCAGCAAGCCAACUUCUCGGAGCUGAAGCUACGACACGUCAGCGUGGCCCUGCCUUGGACACCCGUGGACCCUCACAUCGUGGGCUACGCUGUGAAGUAACGCAGCCAUGCCCGGCCUCCUCCAACCCCCUUGGCCUCGGAGGAUGUGAAACAACCCAGCGGGCAGAAAAUUGAUGUGAAUUCAAAGGAAUUUCUGCCGACAACUGGUUAAUUCUGGGAAAGGCUUCCCUCAGGUGUUGUUCCCUGUGCUGGGGCAGCCAUGAUAGGUCCCUGGGUUUGACCUCCUCACGCUCAGUCCCAGCUCUUCAUGUUCCAGCCUCAGAGGAGGAACAAUCAGAUGCAAACCUCUAACACCGAACUUUUGCUCAGAUGCGAGGAUUUAUUUACAGAUUUAUUUACUCUCCCGACAGUGCUGGGGGUGUGUGGGGGAAGUGCACCCUCCCUACCUUCUCUCCGGAUAACACCAAAGCCUCCCAGGCACUUGGCAGCCUUCCUGCGCAUUUCUAACUUUAUUCACCCCCACCAGAUUAU